UCUAUAUAGUCAUCCUAAUCCCUAAACACCCACAACUUGUUAAUUUAGCUCUGUUAGUUCAGUCCAGAGAGAUUUCUCAGUCACAAGCCUUUCCAAUCCAAAAAAAAUGUGGGGCUCGGGUGAGCUAAUAUCCAAGCUUGCAGUUUUACUGCUUUUGGCAUCAUGUUUGAAGCUCAGUUUGGCACAGCAGAGAGGAAAAUGGGUGCCCCUGUUGAACAAUUCGGGAGUUUCUGCAAUGCAUACGAUCCUCACUCACACCAACAAAGUGAUCAUCUUCGACCAGACGACCGCCGGUCCGUCUGAGAUCAUGAGAACCGACCCACCCUGUAAUGAAAACCCGGAAUCGGAAGCCGAAGAUUGCACUGCUCACUCCGUCGAAUACGACAUCGCUACGGACAGUGUGAGGCCGCUGCACAUCCUGACCGACACCUGGUGUUCGUCUGGGUCGUUUGACAGCGACGGGUUACUCGUCCAGACCGGCGGGUGGAGCACGGGCGAGAAGGUCAUUCGCAAUUUUAAGCCCUGCGAUGACAGUAUCUGCGAUUGGGUGGAGACUUCAACAACACUCGCGAGAAAAAGAUGGUACUCUUCGGACCAGAUCUUGCCCGACGGACGAAUUAUCAUUGUCGGAGGACGCGCGACGUUUAGUUAUGAAUUUGUCCCAAAGCAACCCGGCGAGUCGGUCUUCCGGCUCCCGUUUCUGGCGGACACCAAUACUGUCGGCGAGCAGAACAAUUUGUACCCGUUCACACAUCUGUCUUCUGACGGCAAUCUCUUCAUCUUCGCCAACAAGGAUUCAAUUCUCCUCGACUACAACAAAAACAAUGUCGUCCGGACGUUCCCAACCAUGCCGGGUGGUGGUGCUCGGAACUACCCGUCAACAGGCUCGUCCGUCAUGCUCCCGCUUGACCCGGCUAACGAUUUCCAGACCGUGGAGAUUCUCGUCUGCGGAGGAGCGCCCGAUGGGGCCUUCAAACAAGCCGACCAGGAUGAAAUUUUCGUGGAUGCGUUGAAAAGCUGUGGGAGAAUCGUCAUCACUUCAGAAAAUCCAGAAUGGCGUAUGGAGGACAUGCCUGGUCCGAGAGUGAUGGGCGACAUGCUCAUUCUUCCCACGGGUGAAAUUUUAAUAAUCAACGGAGCAAAAGAAGGAACUGCAGGCUUUCAAUCUGCGCGGAAGCCUGCGCUGAGCCCGUUGCUUUACAGACCGGAGGAAGAUUUGGGGAAUAGGUUCACAGUCCUUGCCGCCUCAAAAAUCCCUCGAAUGUAUCAUUCUACUGCGAAUGUUCUUCCAGAUGGGCGUGUGUUUGUUGGCGGGAGCAAUUCAAAUGGUCGGUACAGAUUCUCUGGAGUGUUUUUCCCUACGGAGCUUAGAUUAGAAGCCUACAUUCCAUAUUAUCUUGAUUCUUCUUUCAAUUCCAUGCGCCCAAAUAUUACUUUAUUGUCAACCAGGGAAAUCAAAUACGGAACCCAAUUCACUCUGGUUUUCUCUGUCGCCACACUACAGAAUAUAGAAUUCAAUGCAUACGCUCCUCCUUUCACAACGCAUUCAUGGUCGAUGAAUCAGAGAUUUUUGUGGCUUGAUGCGGCUUCAAAAGUUGCAGACCAGGCAACCGAUGGGUCGUAUUCCGUAAAGGUGACUGCUCCACCUAGCGCAGUCGCAGCUCCUUCGGGUUACUACCUCUUUAGGGUUGUUAAUGGAGGAAUUCCCAGCAGUGCGGAGUGGAUUCGGUUCAUACAAUGACUGCUUUUAAAUAAUAGUUUUAAAUGUCACAUUUCGGCAAUUAACAUCUAUUUUCACAUUUUAAAAAAAAUUCAUAAUAGGCUAUAGGCCUAAAGGCAGGCAUGUUCACAGCAUGCUCAAGGGCUGCCGUUUGCAGAGUGUGCAUGAUAAAUGUA